AUGAGCACAAGGGUUUUGGUCGCUCAGCUCAAAGAGUGUGGCAAAUCCAGGGACCUGCGCAAGGGGAGGAUCCUCCACGCCCAGAUCGCCCAAUGCAGCGACGCCAGGGAGAGCAUCCAAGUCUCGAACACCCUGGUGAGCAUGUAUUCAAAGUGUGGAUCCAUGGCCGAGGCGCGCCAGGCCUUCGACGCAAUGCCGCGGCGCGACGUCGUCUCCUGGAACGCCCUCAUCCUCGGCUACGCGCAAAACUCCCCUGGAGGAGGCCAGGCAGCGCUCGGCUGCUUCUCUCGAAUGGAUUGCCAGCCAAACUCCCUCACCUUCCUUGCUGCUAUCAAGGCUUGCGUCUCCAUGGCAGCGAUCGAGCAAGGCGGCCGAGAUGCUGGAGGAGCUUUGAUCAAGAUAACGUCACUGGAGAGAGGAUUUGCGCUCCAUUCUCGAGCUGCCAUCGCUGGCUGUGACUUUGAGGGUUUUCGACACGAUGCCGGAGCACACGGUGGUGUCCUGGACUGUUCUCGUUCUCGGUUACGUUGAUAACGGGGAGGCCGAGAUUGCGCUCGAGCUCUUCGCUUGCAUACCCGAUGCUUGUGGACCGAUUGGAGCUCGAGCUCUGGUUGCUGGACUGAAAGCUUGUAGCAGCCUGGCCGCUCGAGAAGAAGGAAAGCUUCAAGAAGAACAAGGUGGUGGUGGUGGUGGGGGGAGAGUUUUAAAAGUGGAGACUCUGAAGAAGGCCGUGGCUCUCCACUCCCAGGCUGUGGAGUGUGGCUGCGAGAUGGAAGGCUUUGUGGCGAGCUCGCUGGUGGAUCUUUACUCGAGGUGUGGGGAUCUGGAAGAAGCUCGCAAGAUCCUGGACAGGAUGAGCUACGACUGCGUGGUAUCGGCGACGGCACUCAUGCUGGGGUAUGCCGAGCACGGACAGGGCGAGAAGGCGCUAGAGCUCUUCGCGAGGAUGGGAUCGAGAGACUCAAGAGCUUUUCUAGCUGCGCUCAAGGCUUGCAUUUGCCUUGCAACGAAAGAAGAUGGCAAGCUCGUUGGCGGAAGGAUUGUCAAGCUAAAGUCGCUGGAGACGGGGAUGGAUAUACACUUGGAAGCUGUGAGGUCUGGUCACAACGCCGAUGAUAUCUUCGUGGCCAGCAGCUUGGUGGAUAUGUAUGCGAAGUGUGGGAGUAUGAUCGAUGCCAGAGGAGUUUUCGACAGGAUGGCGAGUCACAGUGUAGUUUCCUGGACGGCUUUGGUUCUCGGCUACGCAGAGAACGAAGAAGGAGCUCUGGCUUUGGAGCUUCUCCCACGCGUGGAGAGUCCUAAUGCCUUGACGUUCGUCGCUGGAUUGAAGGCCUGCGCUGCCCUGGGGGCGAAAGAAGAUGGCGAUCUAAUCGAAGGAAAGCUUGUCAAGCUUCUGUCCCUGGAAAAAGUUAUGGCUUUGGAGCUCGAGUGUGGAGGGCUUACCUCGGACAUCUUCGUGGCAAACACUCUACUCGACGUUUACGCCAAGUGUGGGAGCACGCUGGAUGCUCGCAGAGUUUUCGACAGGAUGGAGUUUCAUACCACGGUUUCAUGGACGGCCUUGGUGAUGGGAUACGCCGAGAAUGGCGAACACGAGCUCGCUCUGGAACUCUUCUCGUGCAUGCGCUCGUCCAUCGCUCCAAGCGCUCUAAGCUUUGUCGCUGCGAUGAGUGCUUGCUCCGGCCUGGCAGCGAAGGAGGAGGCCACCAAAGAUGACGAGCAGAGUUUCAAGCUCAAGUCACUGGAACGAGCUAGAAACAUCUACUGCGAGGCUGUGGAAAGUGGUUUCCAGGAGGACAUCUUCGUGGCAAACUCGGCAGUGGAUUUGCUCGCGAAGUGUGGGAGCCUGGUGGACGCUCGCAGGACUUUCGAGAGGAUUCGUCGCCGCAACACGGUCUCGUGGAACGCUUUGAUGCUGGGAUACUCCGAAAACGGAGAAGGCGAGAAGUGUUUGAAUCUCUUCUCUCGCAUGGAGAAGGAAGGCCAAGCUCCGGAUGCUCGGACUUUCUUCGCAGCGCUCAAGGGGUGUGUAGUUCUUGCAUCCAAGGAAGACGAGAACCAGGCCGAAAAGAAGAAGCUCUCGCUGGAAACAGGCAUGGCGAUCCAUCUCCAAGCCGAGAAGAGUGGCUGCUGCGACUCGGACGUUUUCGUGGCGAGCACUUUGGUGGAGAUGUACGCGAAGUGUGGCAGCCUGGUUGACGCUCGCAAAGUUUUCGACAAGAUCCCCGGCCUCAAUCUUUCGGCAUGGACCGCUCUCAUCCAAGGCUACGCCGAGGGUGGCGAGGAGCUGGCGGGUCUGGAAAUUUUCGCGAGCUUGCAGUCGAGGAAAGGCUACGUAGCAAGCGUCCCAGCCUUCGUCGCGGCCAUCAAAGCCUGCACUGGCCUGGCGGCCAAGGAGAAGGUGGGAGCAGCAAAGAUCGAUGGAAGAACCGUCAAGGUGGAGUCACUGCGAUCCGGCAUGGCGAUUCACUCCCAGGUGGAGAGAAGCGAUCACAGCUCCAACACAAUGGUGGCGAACACUCUGAUCGACAUGUACGCCAGGUGUGGAAGCCUGGUGGACGCGCGGAGAGUGUUUGACAGGGCGAUGAUCCACAGCGACUCGUCCUGGAACACACUGAUCCUGGGCUAUGCCGAGAACGCCGAGGCGGAGCUAGCUCUCGAGCUUUUCUCGUGCAUGGGAAGUGGAAGCGGAGGAUCUCCUCGUCCAAACUCCCGGACUUUGGUGGCGGCUCUCAAGGCUUGCAGCGCGGUGGCAUCGCUGGGCAUCGCGAGAUCUAUCCACUCGGAGCUCCUGCGGCGGGGGAUCGAUCGAAACGUCGUGCUGGAGAGCUCGCUGGUGGACGUCUAUGGGAAAUGCGGUAGCAUGGCGGCGGCUCAGCGAGAGUUUGACACCAUCGCUCGAGUGAAGCGCGACUUGGUCACCUGGAACGCAAUUCUAGCCGGGUAUGCUCGCCAGGGAGACGCCGCUAGCGUUCUUGGCUUGUUUCCGAGGUUCCGGGAAGAAGGCUUGCGUCCGGACGAGAUCACGCUAGCGUCGGUUCUCACCGCGUGUAGCCGUGCGGGGCUCGUGGACAAAGGGAGGGAGAUCUUCGAGAGUAUGAGCUCCAGCUGUGGCGUGGCUCCCUCGCUGGAGCACUACCACUGCAUGGUUGAUCUUCUUGGGCGAGCGAACCGGCUGGAGGAGGCGAUGGCGGUGGUGGAAUCCAUGCCGUUUGAGGCGAAUGGAGUGACUUGGAUGACGGUUCUUGCGGCGUGUGGGAAGUGGAAGAACGCUGUGGUUGGAAAGGUGGCGUUUGAUUCUUUGCUGGAGCUGGGUCAAGGCGAUGCUGCCACUUACGUUUCCAUGGCAAACAUCUAUCACGACCUGAUUGAUCUUUAGUAA